CGCAAUAAAUGCGAGAACUUACUGCUACUGCUAUUGCUGUAAACGAUUGAAUUCUUUUACAUGCACUUGCUUGGAAGUUCAUUUGAGAAUAGUUCAGCCAAAAGAACUAGAGUUUGUUUUUCUCAAAAUAGGGUCAACUUUAGGUCUCGGAUGAUGAAACAAAAUCAAAAUGACGACAUCAAAUCUGCUUACGACACGCACGAGCAACAGCACCAGCUCAUUUCUGCACAUGAUCAGGAGAGGGAAACUGCGCGUACACGUUCCUGGGAUAAUCUUACCGCGCCGAGGACUGUCUACGAGAAUAUUGCAGAUGAGUACACGCUUCCAUAUGUCCUUUACCCCUCCACCACCAAGUCACCUCUGGAAAGAGAAAAUUGGUGACCAAGGAGCUUCCGAAAUGCAGGAAAAACGCAGAAGGGACGAAGCUCGCAGGGAAAUGUUUCGACACUUCAAGGGAUUGUUUCUGCAAGAAAAGUGGAGGACAGGCAUUUCGUCCAGUUCUAGUUCUGGAGGUUCAGGACCUUUUGGCGGCAGCAGUCUAGAAAGAGGAACGAGUUUGUUGUUGUUCUGUUGGCUGCCUGGAUUCCUUUUAGCAGGUGGAGUGGGCUGGCACUACUGCAGUUAUGGGGAUUUACCUUUUCGGGGAAAAUUUAUGCAAGAGAAAAAGAAAUCUGAAGAUGCUCGUAGUGCUGGGAAUCUUGACAAAAACUUUAGUAAGACACUUACUGAAGUCAUCGAUGUGUCCAACGAUGAAAAGUCAUGUAAUGCUGAAGAACAUGCAACAAGAUUAAGUUGUUGUGAACACGCAGAAAUUCCUAUGAUUAUAGAUGGUGCCUCAUCAACAGCGGCUACCAUGACUAAAGAACCGAUGAAGGUUGACUAAGCCAUUGAAAGAAUUGGGUGUAAGAUUGGGGUAUAAAAAGUAGUCUGACUGUGAGGAUGUAUGUUGCGCCACGUACACUUUCCUGAUCAUAAGACUCACAAACUGUGC